GCUGCGUGUGUCCUCUGCAGAGUGCGGAGCGAUGGGGCUGGGGCAGAAUGGCGCCGUGCGGGUUGAAUGGAUCGCUGCAGUCUCCUUAGCUGCUGGAGCAGCUGCUGUUGGGUAUCUAGCUUACAAAAAAUUUCUCUCUAAAGACAAAUGCUGCAAGGCAAUGGUGAAUCUCCAUAUCCAGAAGGAUAACCCCAAGGUAGUCCAUGCAUUUGAUAUGGAAGACCUGGGAGAUAAGGCUGUGUACUGUCGUUGUUGGAGAUCUAAGAAGUUCCCGCUGUGUGAUGGCUCUCACACACAGCACAACGACGAAACUGGCGACAACGUUGGGCCUCUGAUCAUCAAGAGAAAGGAGGCGUAGAGUGGACAGUAGAAGUUGCAAAAUGAAUGUCUGACAAAUCCUCUGCUCGCUUGUAAUUGGGGGAAAAACCACAAAUUCAUUGUCGUGUCACUGAAGAAUUUCUGGUGUAGUUUGUACAUCAGGCAUGUUUAUUUUUUCUGGGGCUUGUCUCGUUUUAAUCACUACAGUGCAUAAUUUACUAAAUAGUCAUAGUUUGAAUUUUUUGUCCUGUAAUGUGUGUGUACCCUGUCACUGAGUAUGAAGCUAAACUGACGCACAGAAUGUAUGAGGCCGUUCAGCAGAAGUCAUAUUCAGAAAGUAGAUCUUAAUGUUUUGGGAAGGUUUGAAAGUUACAUGUCUGGAUAGAGUUCUGCUUCGAAAGCAGUGGCAAGAAAGAAAUCGCGGUGUCAAAAUGCAGCUUAACUUGUAAUUAUGUUGCAUUUUCUACAGAUGUCAGGUUUGGCCUAUUACACUACUGUUUUGUGUGGACUCUGUAAAAGAACGUGUUUAAAGUUGCUAAUCAUGAACAGACAGUGUAAAAUGCUUACAGCACGAUGGGGCUAAAGGGCAACUUUGCCUUUGGUUUUACAGCAGUGUUGAAACUUGACCCUACUACCGUGUGGUAUCAUGAAUGUACUACCAGAACUGCAGACCUGUAUUGAGAGCAGGAUUGAGAAGAUCAUCUCUGUGAGAGCUUUUUCAAUAAACAAGUGGACGGAUAUGAAGUGCUCAGAGUGGUGGGUGAGGGGUUGCAGGGUUGUUUUUACUGCUAGAAAACCUUCGUUUCCUUUGCAGUCUCUGACAGUGGAGCUAACUUCCUUAGACUACAGGACAGGGAGGCUAUGCUGAUUUAUUCCUAAAUGAGCUAGAAGAAAAAGUGAAACCCCACCCACUUGUUCAUUGCUCUGGCUGGUUCCAGAAGAUGCUUCCUGGUGUUGCAAAGGGAGCAGGCACACCUUUCCUUAUUAAGUGGCCUUAGGCUCUACGUGUCUUAAAUAGCUCCUGCCUUCCUGGGCUCACUGCUAAUGUGGAUCAGCUAAUUCUACUCAAAGAACAAACUUGGACAGGCUUUGGUGACAGGUAGAAACAUGGGGAAAAGGAAGGAUGAGACAAGGAGGAUUCACAUCUUCCUUUUGUAUGGCACUUGUAUACCUUAUCUAACACAGUUGUGUUAAUGGCCACAAGUCUCGUUAAUUACCGUAUGAUUUAUCAAUGUAUAAAUGACUACCAAGCAAAACCCAAAGAGUGUGAUGGCGGAGGGCAGUUUUGUAUUAAACCUGGUCCACUACCAUAAUUGCAGCUUGUGUAAGAUUGAGCUCUUAUUGUCAAGAGUGAGAAAGGCUACCUCAAAACUAGAGAAAAUGUCUUAUCGAGAAGUUGAAAUCUUAACCGUAAGGAUUUUUGCAGAUAACUGGGGCAGUAGGAAUUGUAUUUCUGUUAACCAGUUGUUGCAAACAUAAACUUCAGAUUUAAAAAAAUAUAUAUAUUUGCUUCUCCUCAGUGUGAGAAUUUCUAAGGCUGAGGUCUUAGCUGAGCACUUGGAACUUCGGCUGAAGGCACAGAAAGCAGAGUAGGUAGGCAACACAGACCUAGAAGAAGGAGGGUUUGCAGGUAGAGUACUCGAGUGGGGUCAGUUGCUGUCUGUGAGAGACUUCUACUUGUAAGACAUUGCAGUGGAAUAUAUUUAGUCUCAUCUUUCUCUUCCUGUCUGGACUGUAAGGGUACUGUUGUUUUUUUUUUUUUUAACUUGCCCAAGUACUGAUGCAUAUGGAAAAUUGUUUUAAUCUUAAAUUAUCAAAUAUAUUUGUUUUAUCCAAAACCAAGUUCUCUCCGUAUUCCUAGAAUGUGGCACUGGAUAUUUGUGUUUAUUUCAUUUACAUGCAUUUGAGCUCAUAUUGAUCUCAAGGUUGUAAUGUUUGAGUUCGCAUAGCUGUGCUGUUUGUUCCGAGGAAGAAUUGCUCUGUGAGUAGUGCUGUAAUCCAGUGCUGCUGUAACCAUAAACUUGUGUCUGGGUUGGUUUUCCCUUCAGAGACUUCCUGUUAGCAGCAAGGUUUGGCUGCUUUGUAAGGAAUGGAAGUUCACUGAAAACUGCAUUUGUGUUUUAAGAGGUGAAGUCCUGAAAUGUCUAAUGGAUCUUCUGAGUCAUAAGACUGUUUCCUGCACCUUGACAGGAAAACACAUUGUGGUGCUUGAGCAUCAGGGAAGAGGGCUCUGUGAGAAGCUCUUCUUCCUGGGAGAAGAUGCAGGAGCAGAAGCUUUGCUGAUUUACAUCCUGGUGGGUUUGUUUUGGAUAAGUGUCGCACUGAAAAAUGUUGACAUCAAGUUUAUAUGGUUUAUUUCAAUGCACAGAGUUUAGUGUACUGUACCUAAAAGUUCUGCUACUUGUAUACGUGAGCUGUUAGUACACAAUAAUGAGAAGAGAUGCCUGAAUUUGAGUAAAUAAAAUUGCCAGUGGUCUUGAAGAGCACCACAAAGUACUACUUAUUUUUUUGCCUUUAUAGCAGAGUAGGUUAUAAUCUCAUGAUAGUCAGAGUGUUUGGCUGAUACACUCUUCUCUGAGAUCUGUUGAGUGUUUUCCUCAAAAA